GCGUUCAAUCCUCCAGCUACGACUACGUAAAUUGUUCCCAUGCCUCGUGCCUCAGUGGAGCUGUCAAUCACAGCCAUGAUGAAGGAGUGAUGCAGCAGAGCAGCAGAGGGGACGAGCGGAGCCCGAGCAGAGACUGCAGGCUGGCUGCGUUUGCAGCCAGGAGAGGGGAGGGGAAGAUGCCUUCUCCAUCUUUUAGCCUUGAUGCUCAGAUGAGAUUUCAUGAUAAAUGGCUGAAGAUAGACUUACAGCGGGCGUUUUCUCCGGAGGGACUAAGUGAGAUGUGGAAUGAAAUGGUAAAAGAUGAGGAGAUAACAUUCAACGGAGAAGAAUCAGCUCACCCAGAAGAUUGCGACUGCUUUGGAACUCAGAAGAAGGAUGAACCCAACGACAAAGAAAAGAAAGAAGAGGAGGAGACGGCAGCAUCUGUCCAUCACUCCAUCAUUGAGUCCUGGGACUGGGGACGGCAACCAGAUGAGAUUGAAUUGAAGGACUGUCUGAUGGUCCUGGUUGACGAUCAACAGAAGCUCUCAGCUCUAAUGGCCAAAAGCACUCUUUCUGCCCAACGCCUGCGCCAGCGCCUGGUCAUACUGGAGCGCUACCUCAUCUCUCUAAGCCACAGCAUGAUGGAGGAGAAAUAUGAGGUCCGCUGGAAGACGGCCCCCAGCCCACAACUGCCUGCUGCUGACAAUAAGAGCCCUCGUCCAGUCAGUAAGGGCGUUGAAGGUUUGGCCAGAGUCGGCUCCAGGGCAGCUCUCUCUUUUGCCUUUGCCUUCCUGCGUCGGGCCUGGAGAUCAGGAGAUGAUGCAGAUCUUUGCAGUGAGCUUCUCCAGGAGUCUCUGGAUGCCCUGCGAGCGCUGCCAGAGGCCACACUGUUUGAUGAGGGAACUGUGUCAUCAGUGUGGCUGGAGGUUGUUGAGAGAGCCACCAAAUUCCUCAGUGACGUACAUGGAAGUGCCGCCACCAAAGGCAACAUUCCUCUACAGGACCAGCACCUAGUCCUGGCCAUCCUGCUGGAGCUGGCUGUGCAGAGGGGCACUCUCAGUCAGCUGUUGUCUGCUGUUCUGUUACUGCUGCGUCUAUGGGAAAGUGGCACAAGAGAGAUGGACAACGAGCGCUCCACCCAGGGAACCAGCGCUCCUCUACUACCCCUCCUGCAGCGCUUUCAGAACAUACACACCAGCAAGGAAGAGCCCAUUCCUGAAGAGGAAGCUGAGAUCCUGACAGCACCUUUGAGUCCAAAUGAGAGUUUCCUGCGCUACUUGACCUUGCCUCAGGACAACGACUUAGCCAUUGACCUUCGCCAAACAGCUGUUGUGAUCAUGGCCCACCUGGAUCGCUUGGCUUCUCCUUGCAGCCCUCCACAGUGCAACUCUCCCACGUCACACAAGGGAUCCUUACAGGAGGUGAUUUCAUGGGGCCUGCUGGGGUGGAAGCUUUAUCCAAAUCUCAGUGGACCCAUUCAGUGCAAAGCCCUGUCCAGCUUCGGAGUCACACAAAUUGUCUGUUCAGAGAAGGGCUUUCUCAUCCUGUCGCGAAGCAGUGCUGUCUACACUCAGAACUACAAGAGCACAACCCUGGCUCCUAUUCUGAUGCACUUUCUGAGCUCCAGAAAGAUUGUGAAGCUCGCAGCUCAUCCUGACGGGCAGCACUACUUGGCCCUGUCGGCCAACGGGGAGGUGUUCUCCUGGGGCUGCGGUGAUGGUGGCCGCCUUGGACAUGGAGACACAACGUAUCUUGAAGAGCCUGCAGUGAUCAUAGCCUUCAAUGGGAAACAGACAGGAAAGCACGUGGUACAUAUCGCUUGCGGAAGCACAUACAGCGCUGCUGUCACGGCUGAUGGCGAGCUCUACACGUGGGGCAGAGGGAACUAUGGUCGACUGGGCCAUGGCUCUAGCGAGGAUCAGACUACGCCCAUGCUGGUGACAGCACUGAAGGGACUGAAGGUGAUGGACGUGGCAUGUGGAAGUGGUGAUGCACAAACACUUGCUGUGACAGAAAAUGGUCAGGUUUGGUCCUGGGGAGAUGGAGAUUACGGCAAACUGGGCCGCGGUGGCAGUGACGGCUGCAAGACGCCCAAACUUGUGGAGAAGCUUCAGGACCUGGACAUAGUGAAGGUGUGCUGCGGCAGCCAGUUUUCAGUGGCCCUCACCAAAGAUGGCCAAGUGUACACCUGGGGAAAAGGAGACAAUCAACGACUCGGUCAUGGCUCGGAUGAGCACGUCCGCUACCCAAAGUUACUCGACAGUUUAGAGGGGAAGAAAGUUGUGGAUAUUGCUGUGGGAUCCACCCACUGCUUAGCCCUGACAGACGAUGGAGAGGUGCACAGUUGGGGCAGCAACGAUAAACUUCAGCACUUUGAUACACUCUUUUCUAACAAGAAGCAGCCCAAGGCCUUGCCAGGGCUCAACUCCAAACAAAUUGUGGGGAUCUCCUGUGGCCCAGGACAGAGCUUUGCCUGGUCCUCAUGCUCAGAGUGGUCGGUUGGGCAGCGUGUGCCCUUCGUAGUGGACGUAUGUCCCAUGUCUUUUGAGCAGCUGGACCUGCUCCUGAGGCAGGUCAGCGAGGGAAUGGAUGGUAGCUCAGACUGGCCUCCCCCGCAGGAGAAGGAGUGUAUGGUAGUAGCCACGCUCAACCUGCUCAGGCUCCAGCUCCAUGCCGCAAUAAGUAACCAGGUAAAUCCAGAGGAGUUGGGAUUAGGGCUUGGCAGUGUGCUGCUUAACAACCUGAAACAAACAGUGGUAGUAUUAGCUAGCAAUGCUGGGGUGCUCAAUACAGUGCAAGCCGCUGCCCAGGCUGUCCUCCAAAGUGGCUGGUCAGUGCUGCUGCCCACUGCGGAGGAAAGAGCGAGGGCAUUAUCCUCACUUCUGCCUAAUGCUGCAUCUGGAAAUGAGAUGAGUGUGAGUGCGGGUCGUCGCUUCAUGAUCGACCUGCUGGUCAGCAGCUUAAUGGCUGAUGGAGGGUUGGAAUCUGCACUGAAUGCAGCCAUCACUGCUGAGAUACAGGAUAUUGAAGCCAAGAAGGAGGCUCAGAAAGAGAAGGAGAUCGAUGAGCAGGAGGCCAAUGCCUCCACCAUGCACCGUUGUCGUACCAUGCUGGACAAAGACCUCAUCAACACCGGCAUCUACGAGUCAGCAGGGAAACAAAGCCUGCCUCUUGUGCAACUUGUACAGCAGCUGUUGAGGAACAUUGCUUCCCAGACCAUCGCAAGGUUGAAGGAUGUUGCUUGCCGCAUAUCCAACUAUUUAGAGGCAGAGCAUGUCAGCAAGGAACGCUCUGCAUCUCUCGACCUGCUGCUGCGCUUCCAGAGGCUGCUUGUUAGCAAACUCUACCUGGGAGUCAGUGGCACAGAGAAUGUGAAUGGAUACAAUCCAGAGCUUCUCGGUGUUGGUUCCCUGUUAAAGAAAUACAUAGCUCUUUUAUGUACGCACAUUGGAGACAUCCUCCCAGUGGCGACAAGUAUUGCUUCUACUGGUCGCCGCCAUUUUGCUGAGGUCUCUCGUGUUAUUGAAGGAGAUCUAACUGGAGUCCUUCUGCCUGAGUUGGUGGUGUCCAUUGUCCUCCUCCUCACCAUUGAUGCAGGUCUGAUGCAGGAGACUGGUUCUAUCCCUCUCCUUGCUGGACUCCUUGAGCACCUCGACCGUUUCAAUCACCUGGCUCCAGGCCAUGAGAGGGACGAUAAUGAGGAUCUGGCAUGGCCGGGCAUUAUGGGGUCCUUCUUCACAGGUCAAAGUUCCAAGAACAAUGAAGAAGUUUCUCUCAUUCGCAAGGCUGACCUGGAGAAUCACAACAAAGACGGUGGUUUCUGGACAGUAAUAGAUGGAAAGGUCUAUGACAUCAAGGACUUCCAGGCUCAGUCCCAGUCGUUAACAGGAAACAGUAUCCUGGCUCAGUUUGCAGGAGAGGACCCUGUGGUUGCUCUGGAAGCUGCUCUGCAGUUUGAAGACACCAGAGAGUCAAUGCAGGCCUUUUGUGUUGGCCAGUAUAUGGAGCCUAACCAGGAGACGGUCACCACUCCAGACCUCAGCAGUCUGUCCUCCCCUCUUAUUGACACAGAGAGGAACCUGGGACUGCUACUGGGACUCCACGCCUCCUACCUGGCCAAGAGCACUCCCCUGUCCCCCAUUGAGCUUGAAUGUGCCAAAUGGCUCCAGUCAUCCAUUUUCUCUGGGGGUCUUCAAACCAGUCAGAUCCACUAUAACUACAAUGAAGAGAAGGAGGAAGACCACUGCACCUCCCUCGGAACAACCACUCCAGACAAAGCCAAACUCUACUCCCGAAGAAUAACCCUCAGUGACCAUGCGCAGCCUUUCCUGCAGGCCAUCGCUGACAACACCACUCAGGACCACACUGUGAAGGACUUCCUAUGCCAAAUUGAACGUUGCUGUAAGCAGUACCAUCUUAUUACACCCAUCACCUUCCCCCUGGAACACCCUGUGGAGGAAGUUGGCCGCCUGCUACUCUGCUGCCUGCUCAAACAUCAAGACCUCGGUCACAUUGCUCUUUCACUUGUUAGUCAAUGUGCCUUGGGAGUGGACCAAGGGAAGCAGAGGUCCCUCCCUAAAUCUGUGAUUGAUGUGUGCCGCAUGGUCUACCAGGCAAAGUGUUCUUUAAUCAAGACCCAUCAGGAGCAAGGACGCUCAUACAAAGAGGUGUGUGCCCCUGUCAUUGAGCGUCUGCGAUUCCUCUUUAAUGAGCUGCGUCCAGCCGUAAGCAGCGACCUGUCCAUAGUGUCCAAACUUAAGCAGCUGAGCUCUCAGCCCCGCUGGAGGAGGAUCACCCAGAAACUAAUCAGGGACCGAAGGAAAAAAAGAGUGCCUAAGAAGUCAGAGUCUGCUGACAUUGAAGAGCCAAAGCUUGAACAUGAAGGGACCAAUGAAGAAGAACUUGAUGUCAACAUCAGCCCCACAACUGCGGACAGAAAAUCACCCGCCAGCAAGACAUCCAAGCAAGACAAAUGGCAGCCGAUUUUAAACACCGUGGCCCAUGUCAAGAAGUACCGGUGGCUGAAACACAGUGUUGUCGGGGUCUUCUCCAAGUCCAGCCUUAUGUCAACAAUAGUGGAGUUUGUACUGAAAGAAGAGCCUCUGGAUGUAGAAAAGAUGAGGAAGUGCCUUCUGAAACAGCUGGAGAGGGCUGAGGUCAGGCUUGAGGGCAUCGACACCAUGCUGAAGUUGGCCUCCAAAAGCUUUCUGCUGCCAUCGGUGCAAUAUGCAAUGCUCUGUGGUUGGCAGAGGGUCAUACCAGAAGGGACCAACAUUGGAGAGGCCCUGUCUGACUGCCUGAAGGACGUGGAUCUGAUCCCUCCCUUCAACCGCAUGCUUUUGGAGGUGACCUUUGGCAAGUUGUAUUCCUGGGCCAUUCACAACGUUCGCAACGUCCUGCUUGAGGCAAGCGCCCGUUUCAAAGAGCUCGGUGUGCAGCCUGUUCCUCUCCAGACCAUCACCAAUGAAAACCCAGCGGGACCAAGUCUCGGCACCAUUCCACAAGCCCGCUUUCUUCUGUCCAUGAUACACAUGCUUUCGCUCAAACACGGCUCCAACAGCCUCAGUCUCUUGCUAAAUUCUGGCAUACUUGCUCUCACCCAGAGCAUCCUCAGGCUCAUAGGACCCAGCACAGACAGCAGUGAGGACGAUCUGAGUAUAUGUGCACACGGAGGCUCUGCCACAGUACUGGAGGAGUCCAGAAAGGAGGCUACUCCUGCCCCUCUUCCUGCCUCUGGACCAGAGCUGGCUGCCAUGAUGAAGAUAGGCACCAGGGUCAUGAGGGGAGUGGACUGGAAAUGGGGAGACCAGGACGGUCCAGCACCAGGUCUGGGCAGGGUCAUCGGAGAGCUGGGUGAAGAUGGCUGGAUCAGGGUCCAGUGGGACACAAGCAGCACCAACUCCUACAGAAUGGGCAAAGAGGGCAAGUAUGAUCUUAAACUGGCAGAGCCCCCACCUGCUGCCCAGCCCCCCACCGAGGACUCCGAUACAGAGGAUGACACAGAAGGGGAACUGAUGGAGAAGAGCAGCCACCCGACAGCAAUGAUGCUGACCAGCACUGUCAACCUGCUGAAGUCACUGUCUCUUUCAGCUGGGAUCUAUGCAGAGGUGCUGCAGACAGAUGCUACACGCACCCUGUGUGGGCUGCUGAGGAUGCUUGUGGAAAGUGGAGCUAGUGACAAGUCAGGCUGUCACUCCCACAGGUUGGUGUCUCGGGAGCAGCACAGAAGCUGGUGCACACUGGGCUUUAUACGCAGCAUUGCUGUCAUGCCCCAGAUUUGCAGCACGCUCAGCACCUCUGCAUGGAUCAACCUGCUCAUCCGAAUCGUUGAGGGACACCAGUCCUUCAAUGCCGUUACUCUGCAGAGACAGAUCCUGGCACUACGUCUCCUUCAGGCAGUCCUGCCCUCAUGGGACAAGAUGGAGCGCUCUCAGGACAUGAAGUUCCUGGUGGAGAAGUUGUUCACAUUCUUGGGAACUUUACUGAGCACCUGCUCGUCAGACCUGCCACUUCUCAGAGAAGGUUCCCUGCGAAGGAGGAAAUCCCGCCCUCAGGCAUCUCUUACAGCCACUCACAGCAGUACCCUGGCUGAGGAGAUUGUAGCUGUGCUGCGUACGCUGCACUCUCUAGGCCAGUGGACCAGUCUGAUCAAUGAUUACAUCAACGCUCAGCUCAGUGCCAUCGGAGAUGUUAUAGCAGGAUGCCAAUCUGAGGCAUGUUUCCUAGAGGAAUAUUUUCCUGGUUCGGAGGGUCCCAGAGUGGGCAGUCUGAUGGCUGUGCUGUCAGUGAUUGGAGGAAUUGAUGGCCGCCUCAGGCUUGGCGGCCAGGUCAUUCAUGAGGAGUACGGAGAAGGAACAGUCACACGCAUCACCCCUAAAGGACGAAUCACUGUGCAGUUUCAUGAGAUGAGGACCUGUAGGGUUUGCUUGCUCAGUCAUCUCAGACCGCUACAUGCAGUAUCCUUCAGUGUGCAGAACCUGCCCUUCACUGAGCCCAUGUUGGCAGUCUGGGCUCAGCUGGUCAGCCUGGCUGGAAGCAAACUGGAGAAACAGCGCAUGAAGAAAACCCUUGGCCGAGGACUGACAGCUGACCAGGUGGACAUCCACUUACUACGCUGUCAGCAGCUGAGGCUGUAUAUAUUGAAAGCAGCGCGGGCCCUGCUCUCUCAUCAGGACAAACUUAGACAGAUCCUGUCUCAGCCGGCAGUCCUGGACAUUGGACCCAACCCCAGUGAGGAUCCAGUGGUGUUAUCUCCUGAUAUGGGAGACUUGUCUCCUGAGGGUCCACUGCCUCCACUGAUCCUCCUGCAGCAGCUCCUGUCCGCUGCCACUCAGCCCUCACCGAUGAAAGCCAUUUUUGACAGACAAGAGAUGGAGGCAGCGGCUCUGGCAGUGUGUCAGUACCUGGCUGUGGAAUCAGCACACCCAUCUUCUCCCCUGUUCGAAGAGAGCAGCUCCAGUGAGGCCACCACACCUGUCACCAUACAACAUGUCAGACCACCUAAACAGAAGAAACAGAAGACGUCCCCUGUCCCUCCAUUACCCUUAGUCCUCCAGCUCAUGGAAAUGGGGUUUCCGCGCAAGAAUAUUGAGUUUGCAUUGAAGUCUCUGUCUGGAACUACCAGCAGUACCUCUGGUGCUCCAGGUGUGGAGGCUCUGGUAAGCUGGCUGCUGGACCAUCCGGACGUUCAUGUCACUGAGCUGUCAGAUGCCGACACUGUGUCAGAUGAAUACUCUGAUGAGGAGGUGCUCGAGGAGCUGGAGGAGGCUGAGCCGACAUUCUCUGUGCCAUCAGGUGCAGUGGUGACUGAAAGCCAGACGUUUAAGAAGAGAUCAGAUUUCCAAAGCAAUGAUGAUUAUGCUGUGUAUAUCAGAGAAAACAUUCAGGUGGGGAUGAUGGUGAAGUGCUGCCGAACGUAUGAGGAAGUGUAUGAUGGAGAUGUGGGGAAAGUGAUUAAACUGGACCGAGAUGGACUCCAUGAUUUAAACGUGCAGUGUGACUGGCAACAGAAAGGAGGAACGUACUGGGUCCGCUACAUCCACAUCGAGCUACUUGGAUUCCCACCACAAACUUCUCCAUCCCAUAUAAAAAUCGGUGACAAAGUGAGGGUGAAACCCACAGUCACAACGCCAAAGUACAAAUGGGGCUCUGUCACUCAUAGGAGUGUGGGAGUGGUGAAAGCUUUCAGUGCCAAUGGAAAGGAUGUAAUAGUAGACUUCUCUCAGCAGUCCCACUGGACUGGCUUGUUGUCUGAGAUGGAGCUUGUGCCCAGUGUUCACCCGGGAGUGAGGUGUGAUGGCUGUCAGAUGUUCCCAAUAAAUGGUGCCAGGUUCAAAUGUAGGAGCUGUGACGACUUUGACUUCUGUGAAAACUGCUUCAAGACGCGCAAACAUAACACCAGACAUUCCUUUGGCAGAAUCAACGAGCCUGGCCAGUCUCCUUCAUUCUGCGGCCGCUCAGGAAAACAGCUCAAGAAGCAUCACAGCAGCCAGCGCGGGAUGCUGAUUGACGAUUGGUCUCGUGCCGUCAAGACCCUCAGCGUCUCCUCCUCGGUUAACCAGGCCUCACGGCUCAUUGACUGCAGUGAUCAGUGUUGGCAGUCCUCCGGCUCACAGGGAAAGCACUGGAUUCGUCUGGAGCUUUUCCCUGACGUACUUGUACACAGGCUGAAGAUGACUGUGGACCCCGCAGACAGCAGCUACAUGCCGUCACUAGUGGUGGUGUCAGGUGGAAGCUCUUUGAACAACUUGAUUGAGCUGAAGACAAUCAACAUCAAUCCCACAGACACCACCGUCCUCCUGCUGAGUGACUGCACUGAGUAUCACAGGUACAUUGAGAUCGCAAUCAAGCAGUGCCGCAGCUCUGGUAUAGACUGCAAGAUUCACGGACUUGGCAUUGUGGGGCGCAUCAGAGCGGAGGAUGAAGACCUUGCCACGGUCCCUUUCCUGGCAACUGACAAUGAAGAAGAGGAUGAUGACAAAACCGCCACCGGGAGUCUUGCUCGAAAGAAGUCAUCAGGUCUGGAUUCAGCGGCCACCAUCAGGACCAAAGUGUUUGUGUGGGGUCUGAAUGAUAAGGAUCAACUGGGAGGACUAAAGGGUUCAAAGAUUAAGGUUCCUUCAUUCUCUGAAACCCUAUCUGGUCUCAAUGUGGUACAAGUGGCCGGUGGUUCAAAAAGCCUGUUUGCAGUGACAGUCGAAGGGAAGAUCUAUGCUUGUGGAGAGGCCACUAAUGGCAGGUUGGGCCUGGGUCUCUCCAGUGGGACCAUCCCCAUCCCCCGUCAGAUCACUGCGCUUAGUAACUACGUGGUAAAGAAGGUCGCUGUGCAUUCUGGAGGGCGCCACGCCAUGGCCCUGACUGUGGAUGGGAAGGUGUUCUCCUGGGGAGAGGGAGACGACGGAAAACUGGGACACUUCAGCAGAAUGAACUGUGACAAACCUCGGUUAAUUGAAGCCCUGAAAACCAAGCGCAUCCGUGACAUUGCCUGCGGCAGCUCUCACAGUGCGGCAAUCACCUCCAGUGGGGAGUUAUACAGCUGGGGUUUGGGGGAAUACGGCCGCCUUGGACAUGGUGACAACACUACCCAGCUGAGACCUAAACUGGUUAAAGUGCUUCUCGGACAUCGUGUUAUCCAGGUGGCUUGUGGGAGCAGGGAUGCCCAAACUCUAGCUCUUACUGAUGAAGGGUUGGUGUUCUCCUGGGGUGAUGGGGACUUUGGAAAGCUGGGUCGUGGAGGCAGCGAGGGCUGCAACAUCCCACAGAACAUAGAGAGGCUCAACGGACAGGGCGUCUGCCAAAUAGAAUGUGGAGCUCAGUUCUCCCUGGCUCUCACCAAAUCUGGAGUGGUGUGGACCUGGGGAAAAGGCGACUAUUUCCGAUUGGGCCACGGCACAGACGUCCAUGUACGGAAACCCCAGAUGGUGGAAGGACUGAGAGCCAAAAAGAUAGUCCAUGUUGCUGUUGGAGCACUGCAUUGCCUAGCUGUCACAGAAACUGGACAGGUGUAUGCGUGGGGUGACAAUGAUCACGGGCAGCAGGGGAACGGCACCACUACAGUCAACAGGAAGCCAACCCUGGUUCAGGGUCUGGAGGGACAGAAGAUCACCCGAGUGGCCUGUGGCUCCUCCCACAGCGUGUCCUGGACCACGGUAGACGUGACUACACCCUCUGUUCACGAGCCCGUCCUUUUCCAGACGGCCAGAGACUCCCUUGGAGCUUCUUAUUUGGGUGUCCAAUCAGACAUUGACUCAUCGGCGGUUAACAACAAGAUGAGCGGUCAGAGCAACGUGAAGUCCAAUCGACCUUCGUUGGCCAAGAUUCUUCUCAGUCUGGAUGGAAACCCGGCAAAACAGCAGGGUCUGUCUCAUGUGCUGUCCGCUCUGCAAAUCAUGUAUGCAAGGGAUGCAGUUGUUGAUGCUCUGAUGCCAGCCUGCAUGAUUAUGCCAUUGGAGUGUCCCUCCAGCUCACCUGUUCCCCCAUCAGACUCCUCGUCCUCAUCAAGUGUGAGUGAUGAUGAAGGUCCCCCAAUCCCGCCGGAUACUGAGGAUCGGAUCAGCCCCAAUCCCUGGCAGGACAAGAAGGGCGAGAAUCCUUCUUCAGAAGAUGCUGUCACCCCAUCAGCUGUGACUCCGUCUGCCUCUGGCGCCUCCUCACGUCCCUUCAUCCCUGUCACUGAUGAUCCAGGAGCAGCCAGCAUCAUAGCCGAGACCAUGACAAAGACUAAAGAGGACUCAGAGAGCCAGAGCAAAGUGGUCGGUCCAGAGCCUCAGUACCUGGACGAGUUCACCAGCCUUCUUGUGCCUGAUGACACGCGAGUAAUGGUGGACGUGCUCAAACUGGCUGUGUCAUGUCGCUCUGGAGAGAAGGGCAAAGAGGUGCUGUCUGCUGUCCUGUCUGGCAUGGGCACAGCUUAUCCACAGGUUGCUGACAUGCUGCUGGAGUUGUGCGUCACUGAGUUGGAGGACGUUGCCACGGAUUCACAGAGUGGCCGUCUGUCCUCCCAGCCAGUUGUUGUAGAGAGCAGCCACCCGUACACAGAUGACACCUCUACAAGUGGCACUGUGAAGAUCCCAGGCGCUGAGGGUCUAAGGAUAGAAUUUGACCGACAGUGUUCAACUGAGAGACGCCACGACCCACUGACAAUCAUGGAUGGAGCCAAUAGGAUUGUCUCUGUUAGAUCAGGUCGGGAGUGGUCUGACUGGUCCAGUGAGUUAAGGAUCCCUGGAGAUGAACUCAAGUGGAAAUUCACCAGUGAUGGCUCUGUCAAUGGCUGGGGCUGGCGCUUCACUGUCUAUCCCAUCAUGCCUGCUGCUGGUCCCAAAGACUUGCUGUCUGAUCGCUGCAUCCUGUCCUGCCCCUCCAUGGACUUGGUCACAUGUCUCCUGGACUUCAGGCUGAACUUCGCCUCCAACAGGAGCAUCGUGCCUCGUUUAGCUGCUUCACUUGCAGCUUGUGCCCAACUUAGUGCACUCGCUGCUGGACACAGGAUGUGGGCUCUGCAGAGACUACGGAAGCUCCUGACCACGGAGUAUGGCCAGUCCAUCAACAUAAACAGGCUGCUGGGAGACAGUGACGGCGAGGCCCGCUCUAUGACUUUCACAGGCAGUGCUCUGGCCGCUCUGGUGAAGGGUCUGCCUGAGGCUCUGCAGAGGCAGUAUGAGUAUGAGGACCCCAUCGUCAGGGGAGGGAAGCAGCUGCUUCAUAGUCCAUUUUUCAAGGUCUUGGUUGCACUUGCCUGUGAUCUUGAGCUUGACACUUUACCCUGCUGUGCUGAGACCCAUAAGUGGGCCUGGUUCCGCAGAUACUGCACUGCCUCUAGAGUGGCUGUGGCUCUAGACAAGAGGACCUCUCAACCAAGACCCUUCCUGGAUGAGGUUACAAAGAAAAUUCGUGAGCUUAUGGCCGAUCACGAGAGCAUGAACGGCCUCCAUGAGAGUCACGACUUGUUCAAGCGCGAGCACGAUGAGCAGCUUGUUCAGUGGAUGAACCGGCGACCAGAUGACUGGACCCUCUCAGCCGGGGGUAGCGGCACCAUCUAUGGCUGGGGCCACAACCACAGAGGGCAGCUUGGGGGCAUAGAGGGUGCGAAGGUCAAAGUACCCACUCCCACUGAAGCCCUCGCCACGCUGAGGCCAGUGCAGCUUAUUGGGGGGGAGCAGACUCUGUUUGCUGUCACUGCCGAUGGAAAGCUGUAUGCAACAGGAUAUGGAGCAGGGGGUAGACUGGGUAUUGGUGGCACGGAGUCUGUGUCCACCCCCACAUUACUGGAGUCCAUCCAACACGUGUUCAUCCGGAAGGUGGCUGUGAACUCUGGAGGGAAGCACUGCCUGGCGCUGUCCUCUGAGGGAGAAGUCUACUCAUGGGGAGAGGCUGAGGAUGGAAAACUUGGCCAUGGGAACAGAAGCCCCUGUGACCGUCCUCGUGUAAUUGAGUCCCUGAGGGGAGUUGAAGUGGUGGAUAUCGCUGCCGGUGGAGCACACAGCGCCUGUAUCACUACCAGCGGAGAGCUCUUUACGUGGGGCAAGGGUCGCUAUGGACGACUGGGCCACGGAGACAGUGAGGACCAGCUUAAACCAAAGCUGGUGGAUGCGCUGCAGGGUCACAGGGUCAUUGAUGUAGCCUGCGGUAGCGGGGACGCCCAGACACUGUGUCUAAGUGAUGAUGACAUGGUCUGGUCUUGGGGAGACGGGGACUAUGGCAAAUUGGGCCGAGGAGGCAGCGAUGGCUGCAAAAUCCCCAUGAAGAUUGACUCUCUCACCGGCCUUGGAGUCGUCAAAGUGGAAUGUGGCUCUCAGUUUUCUGUGGCUCUUACCAAGUCAGGGGCAGUGUACACAUGGGGGAAAGGGGACUAUCAUCGACUUGGCCAUGGCUCUGACGACCAUGUUCGACGGCCCAGACAGGUCCAGGGGCUACAAGGGAAGAAGGUCAUCGCCAUAGCUACUGGGUCAUUGCACUGUGUGUGCUGCACAGAGGAUGGAGAAGUGUAUACAUGGGGCGACAAUGAUGAGGGCCAACUUGGAGAUGGGACCACUAAUGCCAUCCAGAGGCCACGGCUGGUGGCAGCGCUGCAGGGCAAGAAAAUCAACAGGGUGGCCUGUGGCUCUGCUCACACCCUCGCCUGGUCCACAAGCAAGCCCACUAAUGCCGGGAAACUCCCUGCACAGGUACUCAGCUUACAUACCCACACUCGUUCCCGGAGCAAAGGGGGUCUUGCUGGUCCAGACGGAACUAAGUCUGUGUUUGGUCAGAUGUGUGCCAAGAUGAGCUCGUUCAGUCCAGACAGCCUGCUGCUUCCUCAUCGUGUCUGGAAGGUCAAAUUUGUUGGGGAGUCAGUGGAUGAUUGCGGCGGAGGCUACAGUGAGUCCAUCGCAGAAAUGUGUGAGGAGCUGCAGAACGCCCUGACUCCGCUGCUCAUUUGUCCACCCAACGGCCGCGACGAGUCAGGCGCCAACAGGGACUGUUUCCUGCUCAACCCCGCCGCCAAGUCCCCUCUUCACAUGAGCAUGUUCCGCUUCCUAGGAGUUCUCCUGGGUAUUGCAAUCAGGACUGGAAGUCCUCUCAGUCUGAAUCUGGCAGAGCCUGUAUGGAAACAGCUGGCAGGCAUGAACCUGACCAUUGCUGACCUCAGUGAGGUUGAUAAGGAUUUUAUCCCCGGCUUGAUGUACAUCCGGGACAACGAGGCCACGGCCGAGGAGUUUGAGGCCAUGACCCUGCCCUUCACCGUGCCCAAUGCCAGCGGCCAGGACAUCCAGCUCAGCUCCAAGUACUCCCACAUCACCCUGGAGAACCGUGCAGAAUAUGUGCGCCUGGCAAUUAACUACAGGCUCCAUGAGUUUGACGAGCAGGUGUCUGCAGUGCGCGAGGGCAUGGCUCGAGUGGUUCCUGUUCCCCUACUGUCUCUUUUCACCGGCUAUGAGCUGGAAACUAUGGUGUGUGGAAGCCCAGACAUCCCACUCCACCUGCUGAAGUCAGUGGCCACCUAUAAAGGGGUGGAGCCGACAUCACCACUCAUCCAGUGGUUCUGGGAGGUAAUGGAGUCCUUCUCCAACACAGAGAGGUCUCUGUUCCUGAGAUUUGUCUGGGGUCGCACACGUCUGCCUCGCACUAUUGCUGACUUCCGUGGGCGGGAUUUCGUUGUGCAGGUUCUGGAUAAGUACAACCCUCCUGACCACUUCCUGCCAGAGUCCUACACGUGUUUCUUCCUGCUCAAGCUGCCCAGGUACUCGUGUAAACAGGUGCUGGAGGAAAAACUAAAAUAUGCUAUCCACUUCUGCAAGUCCAUCGACACCGACGACUACGCCCGCAUCGCACUGUCCGGGGAGCCCGCCGCUGACGACAGCAGCGAAGACUCCGACAACGAGGAUGCCGACUCCUUUGCUUCUGACUCCACCCAGGACUAUUUAACUGGACACUGAACUCUGACCUCUGCAGGAGAACGAGUAGAAGACGAGCCGCCACAGAGAGACUGCGUUCAAGUCAACUAAUAACACACACACAUUCAUGUAGGCAUUCUACUAAGACACAAACGUCUGUGGGGGAAAAAUGUGCAAUGAGCUUUAAAAGCAUUAUAAGCUAAAGAGAGGAACAAACACAGGUUUGCUCUGAUUUAGUUUCUUUCAAAAAUAUUUGGGGUGAUCAGCUGCACAUGUGAUUGUUGUGUUACAUGGGAAUUAUGUAUGAUAUUACAGUUACACAGUUUAAAGAAGAAGAAAAAAAAGGCUCCAGCCUGGCACCGUGGUAGAUUUCUCCCUCUGGUUUAUGUGAAUUACCUGUCCCUAGUUUGUAUACAGAAAAUGAUGUGUGACAGAACAGUAGUAUUUCUUUUUAUUUCUUGGUAACAGCCAUGUUUCUUUGUUUAAGUAAAAGAAAAAAACAUUUUUAACUUGAAAAAGUCACUGUUUCUCACUCGGCUCACGUCAGUCGGAGCCCACUGAAGGGUCAUUUUAAGAUUCCUGUAUUUCCCCCUCCCCCCCACCAUUUUUGUGCACUGUCUCCUUAAAGAAUGUAUAUAAUAUAAUUGUGCCAUGUAUUCACAGAGGGUCUCAUUCCUGCAUAUUACAUGUUCAUACAUUUCUGUUAAUAAAUACAAAAGCAAAAAAGAUUAAAACCUGA